AUGUUAGCGGCGUCAGAUAUAAUAUGUAAGAGCUUUAGACAACAAAAACAAAUAUGGACUUUUGAGCUUAUUGUUGGUUUUUUUGAACUACUAUCGUCAAGUGGAAACAAAUGUGCAAUGGCGACCAGAACUCGAUAUCGGCAAUCCACACAGCAUCAUUCAAAUGUUGCUGAAGCAUUUGAUGCUAUAUGUGGUGUAUCCAUACAAUUUGCUCGUAAAUAUCUCUAUAUAAGGACAGAUCGAAAAGCUAUCUUCCAUCUACUGGCAGUUCUUGUGUUAUCGCUUUUUGCUGCUUUCGUACCUCUACCCAAUCAUUAUUACUUUGUAAAGAAGAAUAAUAUAUUGAAUAGUUAUUUUGUUAAAUUGGGUUGGUUUUGGACAUGUGUCGUUGUAUGUCCAUUUAUUUGGUUUGUUUCGACUGCUAUUGGGCAAAGCAUUUCGGGUGCGUCUUCAAUUGUUCCUUUGUUUGUGGUAUUUGAACAAAUGACAGGACACUGUCACGGUUCUAAGCUGAGUUCUCGUACAUCGUGUGCUAUUGAUGGUGGUAAGUGGGUUCCUGGCUUUGAUAUUAGCGGCAUUAGCGUUCCGCGUUAUAACAACAGCCCAUCGCAUUCAAAAGAUGGCAUCAGUUAA